AUGGACGGCGACAGCGCAGAAGCGUCUCCUUCUUCCCCCAAUAAUCCCCCCGAAGAAUUCCGCUCUGCCUUGACGAUGACCAAGGGGCUGUCCAUCUUCCUUGAUAUUUUGAGAAGGGCAGACAAAAAUGAUGAUGGCAAACUGUCCUUCGAUGAAUUCAAAGCUUACUUUACGGAUGGGAUCCUGAGCAGAGAAGAGCUGCGUGAGCUUUUCAAUACUAUCGACACACACAAUGCAGACAACAUUGACACAGAAGAGCUGUUUGAAUAUUUUUCCCAGCACCUGGGAGAAUAUGAAAAUGUUCUGUCUGCUUUGGAAGACCUCAAUGUAUCUAUUCUGAAGGCAAUGGACAAAACCAAGAAAAAUUAUCAGGAGGCUUCUAAGUUGGAACAGUUCGUGACUCGCUUUUUGCUGAAAGAAACACUGAAUCAGCUCCAGUCUCUCCACAACUCCCUGGAGUGUGCCAUGGAAACUACCGAGGAGCAAACCCGUCAAGAAAAACAAGUGCCAGCUAAGCCAGAGGUGCUCACAGUUCAGCAACCAGGAAGACGUUCGAGUCGAAGACUCCAGAGGAACAACAGUUUUUCCCCAGUCAGCCCACUUUUUAACUCAGGGUGGCUGGAAGAAGACAACCAGUGGAUGACCCAGAUAAACAGGCUCCAGAAGUUGAUUGACAGGCUGGAGCAGAAGGAUCUAAAGCUUGUGCCAGUGGAAGAAGAGGUAUCAGAAGGAAACACAAAAUCUCACAUAAUGAUAGUUCAACGUCAGAUGACGGUGAUGGCGGAAGAACUAGAGCAGUUCCGCUUUUCUCUGAAGCAGUAUGUGGACACAGCCUCAUCCCAGGAUGGAUGCCUGCAUGUUUCCAUUCAGAAGCUCGCAAAUGAGUCCCGCUUCAUCAUUUAUGAAUUCUGGAAAAACAAUGCCUGGAACAGCCACCUCCAGAUGAACUACAACAAGACAUUCCAAAGGAGUAAUGUGGACUGCCUGGAAACGCCAGAACACAUUACAACUAUGCUAGUGCCUGCUUCCUGGUGUGUCCUGAACAACUAG